UUCUUGUUGGUUAUCAGCUCUACCUCUCUCACUUCUCUUCCUUUCCUCUCUGGUCUUCCUCCACUCCAAUUAUUCCCCACUCCUCUCUCAAGCUGAUGAUCCCUUGAACCUCUACUUUCCCUCUUCCCCUGAGAACUGCUGCCACAGCUUGCUCUGACCAUGGCUUCCCCUGUAGUAGAAGGAGCAGAGAUGGACUUAGAGAACGGACUUCUGACUCCUCAAAAAUCCCAAAACUCACUGGGUGAGCCAUCACCAACACCUUCACCAUCCUCUGCAUCCACAGCUCCUGCUCUGGUUCUGUCCAACUCCGGGAAAAGGAUGGAUCAAGCUGGGAAAAAGAAGUAUGUGAAGCAAGUAACUGGGCGACACAAUGAUACCGAGCUGCACUUGGCAGCUCAACGUGGCGAUUUGGCUGCUGUGAAGCAGAUUCUAGAUGGUAUUGAUUCUCAAAUGGUGGGGACUUUGACUGGAGCAGACUUUGAUGCUGAGGUUGCAGAGAUAAGGGCGUCGGUUGUCAAUGAGGUUAAUGAGUUGGGAGAGACUGCCUUGUUUACUGCUGCUGACAAAGGACACCUAGAGGUGGUGAAGGAACUUCUCAAGUAUGCAAGUAAGGAGUGCACUACUAGGAAGAACAGGUCGGGUUUCGACCCUCUCCAUAUUGCUGCUAUGCAAGGACACCAUGCCAUUGUUCAAGUUCUACUUGAUCAUGACCCUAGUCUGAGCCAAACAUAUGGUCCGUCGAAUGCCACACCUCUUGUAUCUGCUGCCACCAGAGGGCAUACUUCUGUAGUCAUUGAAUUGCUAUCGAAGGAUGGCAGCUUACUGGAGAUCUCUAGGUCAAAUGGUAAAAAUGCUUUGCAUUUAGCUGCGAGGCAAGGGCAUGUUGAAAUCGUGCGGGCAUUGCUCACUAAAGACCCUCAAUUGGCACGAAGGACUGACAAGAAAUGGCAGACCCCAUUGCACAUGGCUGUCAAAGGUCAGAGCUGUGAGGUGGUGAAAUUGCUUCUUGCAGCUGAUGCUGCUAUUGUUAUGCUGCCAGACAAGUUUGGUAAUACCGCAUUGCAUGUCGCUACCAGAAAAAAGCGUGCAGAGAUUGUGAAUGAAUUGUUAUUACUUCCUGAUACAAACGUCAAUGCACUGACUCGAGAUCACAAGACAGCACUUGAUAUAGCUGAAGGGCUCCCCCUUUCAGAAGAAUCUUCUGAGAUAAGGGAGUGUCUCUCACGCUAUGGAGCCAUCAGAGCUAAUGAACUCAACCAACCAAGGGACGAACUAAGGAACACGGUUACUCAAAUCAAGAAAGAUGUGCAUACUCAGCUCGAGCAAACCAGAAGAACCAACAAGAAUGUCCACAACAUCUCCAAAGAACUGAGGAAGCUACACCGUGAAGGGAUCAACAACGCCACAAACUCGGUGACCGUUGUAGCUGUGCUAUUUGCAACCGUUGCCUUUGCAGCAAUCUUCACUGUGCCUGGAGGGGAUGAUAACAAUGGGAUAGCCGUGGUGGUGACCCAUGCUUCUUUCAAGAUCUUCUUCAUCUUCAAUGCCAUAGCUCUCUUCACAUCACUGGCUGUUGUUGUGGUCCAAAUCACAUUGGUGAGAGGCGAGACAAAAGCAGAGAAAAGGGUAGUGGAGGUGAUCAACAAGCUGAUGUGGCUGGCCUCUGUGUGCACCUCGGUGGCAUUUAUGGCCUCUUCUUACAUAGUGGUUGGCAGAAGACACGAAUGGGCUGCGAUUCUGAUAACUUGUGUUGGUGGAGUGAUCAUGGCUGGGGUACUUGGCACCAUGACUUACUAUGUAGUGAGGUCGAAGAGGAGUCGGUCAAUGAGGAAGAAGGAGAAACAUGCCAGGAGAAGUGGGUCGAAUUCAUGGCAUCAAUCUGACUUCUCCAACUCUGAAAUUGAUCGAAUUUAUGCCCUUUAAAUGACUGGUAAUUGUAAUCUCCCUGUAAGUUACUUCCAAAACCUGAUCUUUUACUGUAGGCCAGUGACAUGAAUGUCAGAACAACAAACAUGUCCAGCAACUAUGUAUGUAUAGAAAAAAAGACCAAAGCUUUGAUUUGCAUAUGGGUGAGGAGAUUUCUUUGCUGAGGCAGCCAUUUUCAUCACAUCUUGCUCAUUGAAACAAAUGCAUGUACUGUACUUGGCAAAUUCGCUUAUGUACUCCAAGGAUAUGCGCUGCUGCAGCUUGAGUAUAGAGCUAACUGAUACAGAACAGAAAAUUAGAAAUGCUUCGAGACUACCAGGAUUAUGAGCACAAGAGUUUUUUUUUUUUUUUUUUUUUUG